AUGACGUCGGUGGCCAAGGUGUACUACAGUCAGACCACUCAGACGGAGAGCCGGCCCCUCGUGGGCCCAGGGGUCCGACGGCGGAGGGUCCUGACGAAAGACGGCCGCAGCAACGUCAGAAUGGAGCACAUCGCCGACAAGCGCUUCCUGUACCUCAAGGACCUGUGGACGACCUUCAUCGACAUGCAGUGGCGCUACAAGCUUCUGCUCUUCUCCGCGACCUUCGCGGGCACCUGGUUCCUCUUCGGGGUGGUGUGGUACCUGGUGGCCGUGGCCCACGGAGACCUGCUGGAGCUGGGCCCCCCGGCCAACCACACCCCCUGCGUGGUGCAGGUGCACACGCUCACGGGGGCCUUCCUCUUCUCCCUCGAGUCCCAGACCACCAUCGGCUACGGCUUCCGCUACAUCAGCGAGGAGUGCCCGCUGGCCAUCGUGCUGCUGAUCGCCCAGCUGGUGCUCACCACCAUCCUGGAAAUCUUCAUCACGGGCACCUUCCUGGCGAAGAUCGCGCGGCCCAAGAAGCGGGCCGAGACCAUCCGUUUCAGCCAGCACGCGGUCGUGGCCGCCCACGACGGGAAGCCCUGCCUCAUGAUCCGCGUUGCCAACAUGCGGAAGAGCCUCCUCAUCGGCUGCCAGGUGACGGGCAAACUGCUCCAGACCCACCAGACCAAAGAGGGCGAGAACAUCCGGCUCAACCAGGUCAACGUGACUUUCCAAGUGGACACGGCCUCGGACAGCCCCUUCCUCAUUCUGCCCCUCACGUUCUACCACGUGGUGGAUGAGACCAGUCCCUUGAAAGACCUCCCCCUUCGCAGCGGCGAGGGGGACUUCGAGCUGGUGCUGAUCCUAAGUGGGACGGUGGAAUCCACCAGCGCCACCUGCCAGGUGCGCACCUCCUACCUGCCGGAGGAGAUCCUCUGGGGCUACGAGUUCACGCCCGCCAUCUCGCUGUCAGCCAGCGGCAAAUACAUAGCGGACUUCAGCCUUUUUGACCAGGUUGUGAAGGUGGCCCCUCCCAGCGGCCUCCGCGACAGCGCGGUGCGCUACGGAGACCCGGAGAAGCUCAAGUUGGAGGAGUCCUUAAGGGAGCAAGCGGAGAAGGAGGGUAGUGCCCUAAGUGUGCGUAUCAGCAACGUCUGA